GCGGAGCCAUGGCGGACGACGACCUCUUGCCCGUCCUCUCCUUCGGGAACCUGAUGAGCGAGGGGAUAGCCCUGAGCCGGCGCGGCCAGCACGAAAAGGCUCUGGGCUGCUUCAAUGACGCCCUGAAGCUGAGAGGAGCAGACAAGCACUGCCUCAUCACCCGCUCCAAGUGUUUUCUGAGGCUUGGGGACACAGAAAGCUCCCUGAAAGAUGCUGAAGCCUCACUCCAAAUUGACGAAACAUUCUAUGAGGGGCUUUACCAGAAAGCAGAGAGCCUGUAUGCCAUGGGGGACUUUGAGUUUGCACUGGUGUUUUACCACCGAGGCCGAAGGCUCCGCCCCGACCUGCACAAGUUCCUGCUGGGCAUCCACAAGGCUGAGGAGGCCAUAAUCAACUGCAUUGGGAAUCCAUCCACAGUGAAGCUGGAGAACAAGGAGGAGCUGUGCUUUGUGAGCAGGCAGGCAGAGCUGCAGAGCAAAAAAGACAGCCAGAAACAGCAAAACAAACCAAAGGACCAAAAGGAUCAAAAACACACCAAGAAGAAGAGUCCAAAAACAGAGCAACAGCUUCUGGGACGACUUUAUGAUGACAAAGCAUAUCUGGAGAAGUUGCUCAAGGAUGAAGACUUGAUGCAGAGCAGCACAAGGCAGGGGGCCAAAGUCAUGGACCUGGUUAUGGGUGGCAUCUCCUACCUGAACCAGCGGCGCGACUUCUGGCAGCAGCAGAAGCCGAUUUACGCGCGCGAGUACGAGCGCAAGCUCCUGCGGCUGGGCUGGGGGCGGGACAGGAAACUGAAACCAGCCGAAAUCGCCAGGGCCAUCGCCAAGGAGAUGGAGGAUAUCGACCAGAUGCUGGCCAGAGGUUCCGCUGAGCAAAGCUGCAGGAAAGCUGAACAUCUGCUGAAGAAGAUACGAGCCUGGUCAGAGGAUGACGUUCCCAACAAGUAUGAACUGAUUGGGAACCUCCACAGCUGCAUUGGGAAUGCCCAGCUGGCAAUGGGACAGAUGGAGGCAGCUUUGCACAGCCAUAAGAUGGAUCUGGAAUGUGCCAGGGAGCACUCUCUGACAGAUGCCGUGUCCCGGGCCCUGGACAACAUUGGCCACGUGUACGCCCGACUUGGAAAGUUCCAGCAGGCCAUCAACACCUGGGAGGAGAAGAUUCCACUGGCCCAAUCCAGCCUGGAGAAGGCCUGGCUGUUCCAUGAAAUUGGGCGGUGCUACCUCGAGCUGGACAAUGCUGAAGCAGCCCAGGAUUAUGGAGAGCAGUCCCUGCAGUCAGCAGAUGAAGAGGGAGAUGUGGAGUGGCAGCUCCACGCCACUGUGCUGGUGGCACAGGCACAAGUGAAAUUGAAAAAUUACCCGUCUGCAAUCCUGAAUUUUGAAAGGGCUCUGGAGAAGGCAAGGCUUAUGCCCAGUGAAACUGCUCAAAAUGGCAUCAUUGCGGCCUUGGAUAACGUGAGCAAAAGCUUCAUUGCAGAGCUGAACAAAGGCCAGAAAGACGGGGCGAUUCCCUCACAUGAAGAUCGCCUUUUCAGCACGGAAAGCAUAAAAACCACCGCUGAGAAUGUGGAAGAGGAGGAGGAGAAAGGGAAUCAAGAUGAACAGCCAUAAGAGGAAGCUAGAAACGAUAUAGAGAAUAAGAAAGGUUAAAGGGGGGGAAGUAAAUAAGCACAAGAAAAGGUUAAAGGGGGAAAACAGACAAGGAAAUAAAGGACAGCAGUGGGAAAAAGUAGAGCCUAGGCGGGAAGUUGAAAUAAAUA